CAGCCCAGCUUGGCCUUGCCUGCGUCUCCAUCGACCGACCUCAGGGGAGCAAGCAUCCCAUCCCAUCCCAUCCCCAUUCAACUCCAUUCCUUUCCCUCCUCUCCCUCAUCCUCCAUCACCACCCACCAACCAACCUCCUCCGUCCUUGUCCUCUGCCACUCGCUACCUCUCUCCGUUCCCUUCAAUUCUAUCUUCUUUCCUCUCUCUCGCUCUUCUUCCUUACCUCCCGUUUUAAUCCACCAUGUCUUUCAACGCGAUCAAGCUCCGUCGCAAGAAAAAUGUCAAGAAGGGUAUCCAGUUCUGUCUGAUGGUCUGUGGUGCCAGCGGAACCGGACGCACCACCUUCGUCAACACUCUCUGCGGAAAGAAGGUCCUAGAAGGCAAGGACGCCGACGACGCCGCCAACGCUCACAUCGAGGAGGGUGUCCGCAUCAAGCCAGUCACAGUCGAGCUUGAAUUGGACGACGAAGGCACCCGCAUCUCCCUCACCAUCGUUGAUACCCCCGGUUUCGGUGACCAGAUUGACAACGAAGCAAGCUUCGGUGAGAUUGUCGGAUACCUCGAGCGCCAAUACGAUGACAUCCUGGCGGAAGAAUCACGAAUCAAGCGUAACCCCCGCUUCAGGGACAACCGUGUGCACGUUCUCCUGUACUUCAUCACACCGACCGGCCAUGGACUCCGUGAGCUGGACAUCGAACUGAUGAGGCGUCUCUCCCCCCGUGUUAACGUCAUCCCCGUUAUCGGCAAGGCCGACUCCCUCACCCCCGCCGAAUUGGCCGAAUCCAAGAAGUUGAUCAUGGAGGAUAUUGAGCACUACCGCAUUCCGGUGUACAACUUCCCGUACGACAUCGAGGAGGACGACGAGGAUACCGUUGAGGAGAACGCCGAGCUGCGUGGCCUCAUGCCCUUCGCCAUUGUGGGUUCCGAGGACACCGUCGAGGUCGACGGCAAGAAGAUACGGGCCAGACAAUAUCCCUGGGGUGUCGUCGAUGUGGAGAACCCCCGCCACUCGGAUUUCCUGGCCAUCCGCAGCGCUCUCCUUCACAGCCAUCUCGCCGAUCUCAAGGAGAUCACCCACGACUUCCUCUACGAAAACUACCGUACCGAGAAGCUCAGCAAGAGCGUCGAUGGUGCCACUCCGCGUCGGCUAACCCAUUGCCACAGUACACAAGACUCGUCGAUGAAUCCCGAAGACCUAGCAUCGCAGUCCGUUAGGCUGAAGGAGGAACAGCUCCGUCGCGAGGAGGAGAAGCUCCGCGAGAUUGAACUGAAGGUGCAGCGCGAGAUCGCCGAGAAGCGCCAGGAACUGCUGGCUCGGGAGAGUCAGCUAAGGGAGAUCGAGGCUCGCAUGGCGCGUGAGGCAAGCCAGAGUCAGGUUGAUAGCACCAACGGGGAUGCUUAA